UGAAAUCAAAGCUGCCAAAGUUGAGGGUUUAAAGUUUGGUAAACUUUGGUUGUGUGUCGUAAUCAUGGGCAUUCGUAGAUUUUUAGUAUCAACACCCAACUGCCAGAUGCCUUGAUCACUUACAAGAUUUUGCACUGACCAAUUUUGAUUUCUUACUGUUAUCUCAAAUUUCCAUUCUUGGCUGUUUCCUCGUAAACGGUUUCUUUUGUUGUUUUUUCUCUUCAUAUCUGCCAUUGGAAUUGGAUGUUUUCCAAGUUCACAAAACCCAGUGAAUAUUUUAAUUCUCCUUUUCUUAUUCUUCAUGUUUAUUAUUUUUUUCUUGUUGGAUUCUCCGUCCACCAACUUAUAGAACAGUGAAUAACAGGUUUCUUAAUUGAUAAUAAGAGUUGGGAGAAAAAAGUCUCUGGUCAGUGAAUCAGGGAUAUUUGUCUUAUUUUCCUGGAAGUGGUGUCUCCAAUUUCUCUAAAUUUAUGGAAAGUUUCUUCCUUUCUUGUUUCUUUUCAAUGAUAUUCACAAAGAGGAUUAUAAGUUUUGUGGGGUUUGAGUAGUAAUCAUGUGUGUGUGUUGAAGAGGUAAAAUGGAUUCGUGGGUUGUUGCUGCCAUUGCUGGAGCUCGGUGUUUGGCUAGAUAUUUUAAGAAGCUUUCAAAGAAUGUCGAUGGUUCAUCUCCUUUGUCAUUAGAGGAUUCCUAUUCUGACGAAGGGCUUGAAAGUGAAAGAGUAAGGCUCUUCAGGAAUUGCAGUGAGAGUGAUGUCCUUUCUCUAUCUAACUUUAAUGAUUAUGGAAAUGAGCAAGGCUCCAAUGUUGUUGGCAAUUGUGGUUUCCUACCCUAUGAUUUGUCUACAGGAAAAUUGGGCCAUAAUCCUCAUGGAAAUAGAAUCUCUCACAGGACUAAGCGUCUGUAUGGGCAUAUUAGUAGACCUUCAAACUCCUUAGAAAGUUGCCUAAUGGCUCAGCUAUGCGAAGAGCAAGUCGAAUUGGAAGAAUCUGUGUUUUUUCCAUCCGUGGCAACAAGGCCAUUUCUUGUUGGUGAUGGAAACCAAGUGAUCAGAAGAGCAAAUGAUGAUGAUUCUUUCAGUGGAAUAACCGGAAGUGAAGAAUACAGGCUGUAUAGAAAAGGCAAUAAGGUGAAGGAUACAAGUGUAUUGUUCGGAGUUCCUUCCUUGUCCAAGAUUGGAUCUUCUAAUGAUGCCAAGAAGAUGAAGAUUAAUGCAGGCAAUGGACGAAGUGUGAGAUUGAGCCUUAGUAGCAAUGUGUUAAGUGGAAAGCACAUCCAUACUCAACAUGAUGCAUCAUUUCUCUUCAGCCUUGGGAUUUCUUUUGGGAUAAUAACCUCCAUGUUGGCAAAUAAAAGAGAAAUGGACAAGUUAAGAGAGUUGUUAAAGCAGACAGAAAACUUUGUUGAAGAUCUACAAGAGGAACUUGAAAUGAAAGAUUCAAUGAGAGUGAAAGAGUUACAUAAUGAAAAUUCUGGUUCAGAGGGUACUUAUGAUCAUUCCUUCUGUGAUAAAGAGCUAAAUGGAUUUUCACCUGAAAAGCACAUGGAUAAUUUCCCAAUAACUGACUGCAAAGAAUCAUAUGGUCAGAAGGAAGAAGAAAGUUCAGAAGCUAUGAGCAAAAUUGAAGCUGAGCUUGAAGCUGAACUUGAGAGAUUGGGAUUAAACAUGAAUGAAUCUAACCCAGAAAGAACGCAUUCUGAGCUUGUAGGGCAUGUUCCUGUCCUUGUAGCAGAUUUUGCUCACGGUGAAUUGCAAACUAACGUGAUUGGUGGGAAAGAUUUUUCCCAUUCAGAACUAAAUGAGGAAGAUAGUGCCACUGUGGUUCCUGUAAAUUAUGCUGUUUCCCCUCAUGAACUAACACUACGCUUACACGAAGUUAUCCAAUCCAGACUUGAGGGGCGUGUACAGGAGCUUGAAAUUGCCCUUGAAAAUUGUCAGAGAAAACUGUGGUUUAUGGAAUCAGAGCACAAGAAUAAUUCCCAGAAAUUUUUCCCAAGAAAAGCAUCCUCCUUUAGUGAAGGAAAUGUGUUGGCUUGCAAUGAAUGUGAGCCUAUGACUGAACCCUUAGUUAUGAAUUUAUCUGAUGACCCUGCAGGUGCUUACAAUGGCAGCUAUUAUGAAGAAAUUAUAAAGAUAGGUGACUUUGAAGAAAAUUCUCCAUCAAGCAUGCAUAUUCCUGAAUGCGAAGCAGCAAAUGAUCUGCUUACUUUUCCCAUGGCUAAUGAAGAGAGAGUUUCAAGGGAACUACUCUCUUCUUGUGAGGAAACAAUGCUGGAAGGGCUAAGUUAUAGCAAUUAUGAAUCAAAUGGUGUUACUAGAGAUGAAAGUUAUGAGUGUGAUUAUGAGAUGGAAAGACAAUUAAUAAGGCAAAUUGUUGAAAAGACCAAGAAAGGUUCUCCUGUGUUCCAAAAUGUUACAAGGAUAUUGUAUUCUAUGGAUAAAGAUGAGCAUUAGUAUCAAUAUUUUUUAGUUGACUAGAAGUAAAAGAGGGUAGUAAUUUCUCUCCCAUUUUCUGCA